AUGGAUGGGUAUCCGACGGGAAGUUUGGACCAUAAUGUCCCCCUUCUAGUAGCUGCCGGCCUUAAUAGCGAAACGAACGAGCUCUCGCUGAGCGCAGAGCUUAAGGAACAGAGCAUCCUCCUCCGAUCGGAGAUACCACCUAUCGAUGGCAAGAACGCCGAGGUUUUGUCGCAGUACUUAAAGGACGUCGAUGCGAGCGCAAAGUCUUGGAGCGUUUUCGAGAGAAAUGAGCCGUACAGAUUUCGGGUCAAGGCCACAGGGAGGUCUUUCUUACUACCACCGCGCCGAGCCCGCCUCCCUGAAGGCGUCGAGCCGCUCAGUGAACACCCGACACUCCAUUCACCCUUUUCACCUCUAAGUCCUGUAUCGACACUAUAUCCUGAUGGUCUGAUCGAUGCGCAGUGGAUCAAGAAGCACCAGGACCUUGUUCCCAGCGUAUACUUGUGCUUCUAUCCCCUCACGAGUGAUCCGAAUUCCAUGACAUUACAAGACAACCACAUCAAAUCCGAUAUCAACAACAUCAAGGGCGCUUUGAUACGGUCAGGAUACAAGACUCGACUCGCGAUUGCACUGAUUGCGGACAGCGAAGACGCACCUCUUCCGUUGGCUGAAGGUAUUCAAGAGAGAUUGGAAAACAUACGGAGAGGAACAGCCUUGGAUCCCAAGUCAGUCUUUUACAUCCCGUCGCAAGAAUCACAGGACGGUUUGAAACAAGUGGUUGACAACAUACUCGGUGUUCUAUAUACCUCGGCUGUUGAAUACUACAGAGAUUUGGGGCGGCAUGCUAGGAAGAAGCGAUCUCGCGGAAUAGCACCCCAACCGACGGUGCCACCUACGACCGGAACAUCACAGAUACUGUCGUUAUCAGACUGGAACUUCAGAUAUGACAUCAAGUCAGCGAUUUUCGCAGAAUUCCGACAAGAGACAGAUGCUGCACUGCGCUUUUUCGAACAAGCAUACGAGGUGCUCUUAGGACAGGAUGUGCUGGACAUUAUCCCCAGUUGGAGCCCACGCUGGAAUGAGGCGCGGCUCUUGGCGGAUAUCAUAGCGAUACGGUGUUUGAGAUGUCAUUUGUGGAUGGGGCAGACGACUCUGGCUGUCCGAAAGUGGCAUUCGCAUCGAGAACGAAUCGCGGACCUAGUUGAUCGUCGCGGGAGGGGGACCAACAAUUAUGGGUGGCAGGCAUGGGAAGCUCGAUGGGCCACGGUCAUGGCUAAUCUGAUAGACCGCGUAGGCUUACCGGCUUUAGCUCCAGAGACGGGGGCAAUCUUUGUCCCGCAGGAUAAAUCUGUCUCGGGUGAGAGAGUUUCACCUUGGGAAUUGUUACAUCACACGGGCUACUGGUACCGGAUAGCGGCUCGUCACGUUGUAGCCCGCCGGAAGCUGGCGUAUCAAAUGCCAGAGGAUGAUAGGCAUUCGCCCGAUACAUCACCUGCAUCAGCAGUAGCCAGUAAAGCCUUUGCAUACGACACGUACAUGUGUCCAGAGCCCUAUCAGGAAUACCCUGUCUCAGGGAAAGGAGUGAACCAUGCACAGCUGGUGAUCGAUUGUCUCACGGCGGCGAGUUCAGAGUUUCAAGCUCGCAAGCAAAAACGACUGGCGACGGAGCUGUCGUUGGAAUGCGCAAGGGAGUUUGCCAACAUGAAGGAAUGGGACGCUGCGGUUGAGAUGAUACUACCUUUCUGGGAAGAUGUCGCAUUUCGAUCAGAGGGCUGGAUUAACAUAUCAGAAGACCUGUGCCUGAGCAUGCGACGGAUUGCUGCGGGAGCCCAUCGUGCCGAUUUGGUAGUUGCUGCAGACUGGGAGUUGAUGGGCAACCAAUAUGUGCGACAGCCCCAGUGGCAUUACGAUAUUUCCAAGUCGCUCCGAGGCAUCACUACUGAGGAGAAGCUUUCAAUUAGUUUGAGUGAUGAAAAGUCAGGCUCAUUUGUCUCGGCGUCAUUCAUAUUCCGGAAUAAAGAGGGAAAGGCUGACGCUGCCCCCAUCACGUUCAGCUCACUGAAAGUAGAGUUCGACGGUAGCCUCAAACCAAUACUACUUGAGCACGAGGCUUCGGAAGAAUCGGCGUCGACAACAGGAUAUUUCAUACAGUCGUUGUCAUUGAAAGAAGAUUAUGCUGAAGAGUCGGGGGACGGGUUACCGACAUUGCUGAAGGGACAUUCCGAUUUAACACUCCGACCUGGUCAGACUCGGGUAUUCGAGAUGAACAUACCACUAAGAGAGCCAGGCACUGCGACAGCAGCGUCUGUUACAGUCUCCCAUAGCAAUGACAGCUUCGACCUCGACUAUAAACUAAACAUCCGCCCUACAGACCCUGUUGUUGGCUGGUAUGUUCAGGGUUCAUCGAAGCCUAGGAAUACUCGCCCGGAAGCGGGCACCGUACAAAUUCAGCCCCGACCACCCAAGAUGCAGAUUAAACUCUUGGAGCCCCUCGCCCAGUAUCAUGCAAACGAGGCAAUCGUCUUGGAGGUUGAGAUACUCAAUGCUGAGGAUGAAUCCGCUACUGCCAAACUGGACAUUCAUCUAUUUGGAAAAGAAAUACCUGCAGUUACAGUGGAGGCAGACGGAAAUGGAGGUAGCACCGAAGCGUCAACGGAAGAGUCCAAGAUCUCGGGGCUGGCAUUAGGUGCGAUCAAGAGUACGGCAUCAGUCAAUGUGGUAUUGCGUAUUGACGCCUCAUCGGCUCCUACGACGCUUGAUCUGCACCUGAGGACGUCGUACCAUCUAGACUCGGAUGUCGCAACCCCAAUUAUGCAGAUGUUGACAGUCCAGCUCAACGUUGUGAACGCGUUUGAAGCAAACUACGAUUUAGUCCCACGUCUUCACCCUGGGCCAUGGCCAAGUCUUUUCGAUUCCGAAGGGCUCGGAGAUACAGAAGAAGGUGCAGCCAGAGGCUUUGCACAAAAGUGGUGUCUACUAUGUCACUACGCAUCGUUUGCCCAGGAAGAUUUGAGAGUGCUUGGGAUGGAUCUAAAUGUGGUGUCGUGUGUCGGCGGUGCACGAUGCAACGUAAACCAGGCACCAAAUGUGUCACACGAAGGGAUAGUAGUUACACCCAAGACGAUGCACGAGGCACAGUUUGAUUUGGUAGCUCAGAAGCUCACGAUGGAAGACCGACACCCCGUCACUGUCGAGCUGGCCUUUGUUAUCCGAUGGCAACGCCAGGGCCGUAGCGAUGGUCCAGUCAACACAACAGUUAUGCCAGUCGGCAAAUACCUUGUCCUGGGUACAGAGCCGCGAGUGCUGGCAUCUGUGUACCACGCCCCGAAGGUAGAAGAUGAUAUGCCAGGGUUGCUGCAGUUGGACAUGACAGUCGAGAAUCCAUCGAAUCAUUUCCUUACGUUUGGUCUCGGCAUGGAACCGAGCGAGGAUUUUGCGUUUUCUGGUGCGAAACAGACAACGCUCAACUUGCUGCCACAAUCAAGACGGACGACAACUUAUCGGUUGCUACCACAUGUGAGUGGAGUUUGGAUAAGACCCAAGUUGACGGUGCGAGACAAGUAUUUCCAAAAGGUACUUCGUAUAAUACCGACAGAGGGGAUGAAGAUUGAUGAGGAUGGGCUAUUGUUGUGGGUUCCGGGAGAGGAGAAGAAAGGGGGAGAGGAAGAGGAAGACGACGACAAGAAGUUAGAGGAGCAGUGA